AUGCCUUCGGGUCGAAUCUGGCAGAGUCUUCUCGGGGUGGCGUUGCCAGUCAAAUAUGAUGGUAUCAUUGCCGGUGCCCUCUACACCAUAUUCGUGUCGCCGCACAAACGUGAUGGCUACCAAUGCUCGUUCAGGCCACACUGCCAUUGA